AAUGGUUCUACCUCGAUGGCGUGCUGGUGUGUCUGCAGGGACGGGCGUCUGCAGGAGAGGGAUCAGAUUCUGGUGAUCAACAGGAGUCCUCUGGAGGCCGGGAUCAGCCAGCAGACGGCCCUGAACCUCCUGCAGCAGCCGGGGGAGAGCGUGGAGCUGGUGGUGGCCCGGGACCGCCCACUCAGCGCAUCAUCAUCACCUGCAGCUGCCAUCAGCACGGAUCAGUGGGGUCACCUGGAGGAGAUCGAGCUCGUGAACGAUGGAUCCGGUUUGGGCUUUGGCAUCGUGGGAGGGAAGACGAGUGGGGUGGUGGUCAGGACGCUCCUAUCAAACAGCGUGGCCGACAAGGACGGGCGUCUCCGCACAGGUGACCACAUCCUUCGCAUCGGGGCGACGCCCACCAGCGGCCUCACCAGCGACCAGGUGGUCACAGUGCUGCAGGGCUGCGGCAGUCACGUGACCAUGCUGAUCGCCAGGGAUCCCAGGGGUUCAAGGUCAUUGGCCCCGCCUCCCCCGCCGCCUCCAGACUCCGCCCCCGUCUCCUCCUUACCCCCCCGACUACCGGAACUGCCCCCCCAACGCCGGCUCAGCAAGACGCCGAACCUGGAGGGGUACGAGAUCCACGAGGUCUCUCUGACCAAGAAGGACGGGCAGAGCCUCGGCAUCUCAAUCGUCGGAUACAACCCGCUGACCAGCCAAGGUAUGAGAGGAGAUCAUCACAGACACUUCAACACUUUAAGAAACAGACACAGCAGGACAAAACAGAUAAAUCACAAAAGUCUGUUCUCCUCCAGCUGGAAAAAAUAUCAGCCGUUCAAUCAUUACAACUUUUUAUAUUGA